AUGCCAGGCCUACAUCUGUUUCCUUUCAGCUUCUCGGUUAUGUUGCAUUUCUGUGUAAUGAUCUUCUCUGCAGUCCUAUUUGCUUCAGCACAAUCCAGACAUGUGCACCCCGCCUGGUUCUUUAACACACAGUCUGAAUGGCACUUACCUUUUAGUCAAAGCAAUAGAGCCCUUCUAUCCGAGGUUGCCGGCGCAAAAACUGCGCACUGCGGGCCGCUCACCCGCAAGCUGGUGCAGGGGGUCGCGCGGGAGAACACCGUCCUGGUCACGGUUGUCGACAAGAUUAUCUGGAAGUGCUUCGGACCCAGCUAUGUCGAGAACAUCCAGGCGGCUAAUAUCUCCUACUGGCUGAUAGCAGCCCUGGACCCAGAGACCUCUAUGGCACUGGCCUCCAUGGGGGUUAAGCAGUGCUUCAACGCCCCCCAGGACCGCCUUAAGUACAAGGGCUCAGACACGAAGUACCAGUGGGGUGGCCACCACUGGUCCAUGACAACGUGGAACAAGGUUCACAUUAUGAAGAGCGUUUACGAGAUGGGCGUUCACGUCGUCCACUCGGACAUGGACGUGGUGUGGUUCAACGACCCGCUGCCAUACUUCAAGUCGCUGCUAGAAAAACCCGUUCACAUCGUCAUUGCUACAGACGCCGUCACCUCGGAAAACCCGAAAGGCGACACGGGGUUGGAAGCCUUGACUAGCCCACAUGCCAAUAUCAACACUGGUAUUUAUUUCAUGCGGCAGUGGCCAGGCGGAUUGGAGUUCUUCAACAUUUGGCUGUCCUGGCAGGACAAGCGCAUUGGCCACGACCAGGAUGGCUUCAAUUUCGUCUCUCGCGGCUAUUACUUUCACGGCGAUGCGGACAUGCCUCUUGCCACUCAAACUCAAGACCGCAUGUUUUACUGCGCCUAUAGCAACACCACAGCGGUCUCCUUCCUGCCCGCAUCCAUGUUUGGGAAUACGUAUACCUAUGUGAAUGCCCGGCUGUGGGAGAAGCUGGAUCACCCUCUGUAUGAAGUGCACUGGGUGUGGGGUGGUAGCACGAUGGAGAGUAAGCGCCAAAAUAUGCGGGACGCGAUGAAGUUCCAUGAUGAGCCCGAGUACUACACUUCACCGUAUUUGAUUACAUUUGCCCUGGAGCAGCUCAAGAUGCCGGAGGGCUUCAACUCAUGGGAGGUGCCUCGUACAGAGGAAAUGAUUCGCUUCCACGUGACGGCCGCCAACCAUCAGCUGCAACAGGCCUACUACGCCUUUGCUGCAGCGCUCAUAACCAACCGCACGCUGGUGAUGCCCAGGUUUUUGUGCUACUGCUCCAAGAACUGGUAUCAAACACAGUCUUGCCGCAUCAAUGACGAGAAGCUGGCGACAUUUCCGUUUGUGUGCGCGCUGAGCCACGUGCUGCGAGUGAAAAAGCUGCAGCAGGGAUUUGAGCUGCCUGCCAACACCGAUUACUCGGGGCAUAAGGUGUUCAUCCGAGAAUACUCGUUCUUGGAGAACCCCAAGGUUCCCGACGAAAUCAAGCGGUCUUACCUCGAGGUGGUCCCCUCUGCCGUGCCGCGGCCGCCGGGACAGCUCACCGCCGACCAGCUUGUCCUCUCUACUGACGAUACGAGCUCCCGAGGCUACGGCCGGCGCAUCACCGUCGCUGCACCGCUUUCCGACUGGGAGUUCCACAAAGUGCUGGAGCGCUACGGUGAUGUGCGCGUGGUGCACCUGCCGCAGCCCAGUCGCACGCUGUCGGGUUUCUCCAAGCCUGAGACAGCAAAGCAGUUUGAUGUGGAAAUCCAGCGGCGUGUGACGUACUGGUGCUGUCGCAGCCCACCCGUCAUGGCUACCAAGAACCUAACGGAGGGGGUGCAGCUGGUAGGGUUGCCACAGAAUCGCUGGGAGAAUUUGCCGUUGCUAGGGAAGCGCUACAGCUACUUGCACCAGACCCCGCCGCUAUCAGGGACGAAUGUGGGCGCGAGCGUUGGCAUGGGCUUACCCCUUUUGGGGGAACCCAAAAGGUGCACGGUUGAGCGCCAAGCGGACGUGAAGCUUACCAUAGGCGCCAUCAUGCAAAAUUCUACCUUGCGCGCCAAGUCGUUCUCUGGGGGCCCUGCCGUGGCCGGUCGCGCUGCACGGCAGACGAGUGCGGUUGCCAGGCCCAGGUUGCAGACAUGGAGCGCCGUGUCCCCUAACGCGGUAGCAGCGGCCUGUACGGUCACUGGGGCAAUUCCGCCGCCGCGGCGCAGCACCACCAGCAGCCGGGCCCCCGCGUUCUCCGCCGCGCAGCCGCCCCGUCAUCCGGGCCGUCGCUCGUCUGUCAAGGUCCAUGCGAACUGGGGGGCCCCUGUGGAAUUCAAGCCCGCCAAGAUUGUUUCCAAUACGUCCGCUGCCGCCGGCCCGCUUCACAAGCUGGUGAUUGACGUAGGCCCGCUUGCCGCCGGGUACGCUGUGCCCGGGCAGUUUAUCCAGAUCAAGGUGGGUGACAGCAAGCCGGGCUUCUUUGCCAUCGCGUCCGCACCUGGCGCUCAUUCGGACGGGCUGCUCGAGUUCCUCAUCAAGGGUGCACCAGGCACUACUGCCGAGUUGCUGUGUAACGCGGGGGAUGGCACUGAAGUGGCGGUGAGCCCCGUCAUGGGCAAGGGAUUCCCGCUGGACCGCCUGCCGGCCUCCAACACCACCGCAGUGCUCAUGUUCGCCACUGGCUCGGGCAUCAGCCCCAUUCGGGCAGUCAUUGACAGCGGGACGCUUGCAGGCAGGGACAUCACGCUAUACUACGGCACCCGAAACACCGACUCUACUGCGUACCGGGAGCUGCUUCCUGACUGGCAAGCCAAGGGCGUCAAGGUGGUGCAGGUGUUCAGCGAAAGCAAGCAGGGUUACGUCCACGACGUGUUUGAGCGGGAGGGGCUGUCCAAGCUCCCCGCAGAUGCUGCCAGCGCUGUGGGUGCGCUGCUGUGCGGCCACAAGGGCAUGUGCCAGGCGAUUACCUCGCUGCUGACCGCCAAGGGAGUGCCGCCCGAGAAGAUCCUGCUCAACUUCUAAGUUAAAGGUCAUGGUUGUUAGUCAUGGUGAUAGUGAUAGGCCGGAUUGACUCUCCGCGGAUUAAGCUUCUAUGCAGAUGCGCUGCUGUAGCCGUUCUGUUGUUGGUGCGGGCUCUCGCUGUUAGAUGUUUAUUUGCAUGUGACCGCAUGGGGACGCUUGGCUGUUGUGGUGUCUAAUGUUGUGUGUAAUGUUGUAGGUUUGGCGUUGCGGUGUAGGUUAAAUUGGAUUGGGCUGAAGUGGGUGCCGCAAUUUUGUC